AUGAAGAUUCUCAGAAUUAUCCUGUUCUUUUCAUCUGCGGCAUACACUUUUGCCAUUGAAAAUUUAGCUUUAAAUAAACAUACCUGGCAGUAUCAUGCCUGGCCCGAUAAGGAAACAGAAUGGGGAGCAGACAAGGCGGUAGAUGGUCUAUAUUCUGACCGCUCAGCACCAGGGAACCAGUGUACAAUAUCAGCAGGUGGACAAAGAACAGCAGAGUGGGGAGUGGAUCUAGGGAGUGUAGUCAACAUCUCUUAUAUCAAAAUCUAUUACAGAACAGAUAAUAAUCCUGGUGCGUGUUCGUUUAUUAAACGAUUUGCUGGGUUUUUCCUCUACGUUUCAAACAGUACUUCUAGAGAACACGGAAAGCUUUGUUUCCAUAAAUUACAAAAUGUCAGUGGUACACCAACAGAAGACCAAACUAUAAACUGCUCCAUGUAUGGACGUUACGUCAUAUAUUACAAUGAGCGAAGAAGACCGAAUGUGACAUAUCCUAGUUACUACUCUCUAGAUGCAUACAAUGAACUUUGUGAAUUAGAAGUGUAUGGCUGCUGUGCAGAUGGAUACUUUGGAACAUUUUGUAACCAAUCAUGUCCAAAGAAUUGUGAGAGACAGCAGUGUCACAUAUUUACUGGAAACUGUGUAAAUGGCUGUGUUCAUAACUACCACGGCCCCCAGUGUAGUUAUUUAAACUUAGCCUUACGUAGACCUGCCUGGCAGCAGCAUAAUUGGCCUGAUUCUGGUAAAGAUGUAGACUGGGGAGCAGCAAAGGCAGUGGACGGAAAAUAUUCUGACCGCUCAGCAGGAGGAAAUCAGUGUACCAUUUCGGCAGAUAAAGAACAGACAGCUAUGUGGUGGGUGGAUCUACAGAGAGUGGUCAGCAUAAGUUAUAUCAACAUCUACUAUAGGACCGAUAAUGUUGCAAGUCCUGGUGCAUACUACAACCGAUUCGCGGGAUUUUUUCUUUAUGUUUCCAAUGAUACAUCAAAAGACAACGGUAGUCUGUGUUUUCACGCAAUUCAGAAAGUGACCGGUACACCAUCAGAGGACCAGACAAUAAGUUGUCCAUAUGAUGGACGGUACGUAAUAUACUACAACGAGCGUGGGAAUCCGGAUGUGAUGUAUCCUAGUUACUACUCUCAAUACGCAUACAAUGAAUUGUGUGAGUUGGAAGUUUAUGGAUGCCCCAAUUCCACAUACUACGGAAAAUAUUGUGACAAAUUAUGUCCAAAUAUCUGUCUUGAUCAGAGAUGUAAUAUGUCUACAGGAAACUGUCUCGAAUGUACACCUGGAUAUAAGGGACCUCACUGUAGUCAGGAAUGUGACGAUGGUAUGUACGGAUCCUCUUGCAGUAGGACUUGUGGCCAUUGUCUCCAUAACACACAGUGUCAUCACAUCAACGGUUUUUGUUCAAGAGGAUGCUCUGCAGGAUACACUGGAUAUCUCUGUAACAAAAAUUGUGACGAUGGAAUGUAUGGUGUUAACUGCAGUCAAAGCUGUGGUCAUUGUCUUAAUGAUACACAAUGUCAUCAUAUAAACGGUACUUGUUUAUAUGGAUGUUCAACUGGAUACAAAGGAUUGACCUGUACUAACGAAUGUGAUGGUGGAAAGUAUGGUGUGAACUGUAGCCAAGACUGUGGAAACUGUCGUAAUGAUACACAGUGUCACCACAUUAAUGGUACAUGCUUAGGAGGGUGUGAUGCUGGAUAUAUGGGUUUAAUCUGUAUAAAUGAAUGUCACAUCGGAAUGUACGGAGAUAAAUGUGGUCGUAAUUGCGGCCAUUGCAUUAAUGGUACAUACUGUAACCCCGUCGACGGUUCCUGUUUAAAGGGAUGUUCUUCUGGAUACGAAGGAUCACUGUGUAUCAAAGCUGCUUCAAAACAAGGAAAAUUGGAGUUAACAAAUAUUUAUGAGAACGUGGAAGGAACUUCACAUUUCAAAGAUGGCAAAAAUUCCAGUAAACAGAGUCUAGAACUGAAAACAGGACGAAAGGAGUGCGACGAUGAUAUUGACAAUGAUGAAAAAUUACAUGAAGAAAACCCAUACGGUGAUCUUUAUAUAAAUGACGAACCAAUUCCAGAUAUAAAUAUUGAUCAAUUGAAGCGUACUAUUAAGGAGAAACGGAAAAAUGAAGAUGAUGGCUUUAAAAAGGAGUAUGCGACCAUGCCUUACGGUGAAAGAUAUCCUUGCAACGCUGGAAAAGAGCCAGAAAACGUACCUAAAAACAGAUACAAGACAACCUUUCCAUAUGACCAUUCAAGAGUCAAAUUGUCAAACAGCCAGUCGGACUACAUCAACGCCAAUUUCAUUGACGGUAUUGAUAAGACAAAUGAGUAUAUAGCAGCACAAGGACCUCGUCAAAACACAGUGACAGAUUUCUGGAAAAUGAUUUGGCAGGAGAAUGUCACCCAGAUAGUUAUGCUCACCAACUUAAAGGAGGGGAACAAAGCAAAAUGUGUCAAAUACUGGCCCGAUCUGACCAAAAGUAGUACUUUUGGAGUGAUCUCUUUACGCACCGACGAAGAGCAAAGCUAUGCCAAUUACAAAAUACGGAGAAUUAGAGUUAACUACAAGGGGGUAAGUCAAAAACGAAUGUUGAUAACACAGUACCAUUACACCACCUGGCCAGAUCAUGGGACACCGGAACCGCUCUGCCUUGUAGUCUUCCAUGAUCACGUGACAAGGACAAAACAGAAACAAGAUGGAGUCCCAACAGUAGUACACUGCAGUGCUGGAAUCGGCCGAACUGGUACUUACAUCGCUAUAGACGCCUUAUACAAGGCUGGCAAGACAAACAGGAAAAUCAACAUCGCGGAAUACGUCAAGAAAAUGAGAGAAAACAGAAUGAAUAUGGUUCAAACUUAUGAGCAGUACAUGACCAUAUUUCUGGCACUUGAUGUCAUGUUCAAAGCUCCGACAUGUGUACAAACCAAAUCGGAAUUCCUGAGGAGAACAGAUUUGAUGUCACGAGAUAGACCUGCCAAUGAGAGUGAACUUAGAAAGGAGUUCCAGAAUCUUCUACGAGUGCGGCCGUCGUACACAGAAGUGGAUUACACGUUUGCUUUACAUAGCGAGAAAAAUAAAUCAGCUGUUCUUCCUCUUGACAAAUACAGUGUCUUCCUGUCUUCACCUGUACCAAAACGUGGGAACUACAUCAAUGCCGUUGCUCUUCCUUCUUACAUCAAAAACGAGGCAUUCAUAGUAACACGUUAUCCCUCACCAGAGGACGCCGUGGACUUCCUGCGCCUGCUCACUGAUCAGGACUCAGACGUUGUGAUUUGUUUUGAUUGUCUUGGAAAUAUAGAAUCGACAAAACAUUGGCUGCCGGGUACCAACACUUCAAAGAGUGUCUCCCCAUUAACUGUACACUGUGGUUGUGAACAAGUAACAGAUAUUAAAUGUACAACAAUCAGCAUCUCCCAGGAAGGGAAAAAUGAGGACGGUUGCUCAGUGUCAAUUAUAGAACCAACAGGAGGUAUUAAAAAAGAAGAUCCCCAAGCUACAGCGCAGAUGUUACGCUUGGUUUCCUUUGCUCUCCAAAGUGAAACAGAGGGUCCUAUAACGAUUGUCAGCAGUGAUGGAGCAGUCCUGUGUGGAGUGUUCUGUGCUGUAUAUAACGUACUUCAACAGUUAUCUAUGGACGGGGAGGUGGAUAUUUUCUCUUUUGUCCGGCAGUUACAGAUAAGACGCCCAGAACUGUGCUCCACCAUGGAGGAGUAUAAAAUGAUAUACGAUCUUGUCUUACAUUACAUCCGGGAACAACAGGACCCAUUUGAGGAAAAUAUUUACUGCAACCAAUGA